CUUCCGCUGGCAGGUUCCGGGCGCGCGGAGCCGGAGGCGUCUCGGAGGAGCGCGGAGCCCGGGCUGACGGUGGGGGCGGUCGGUUCGCCAGUCACCCCCUCGGCUCAUGGCCGAGGCGCCGCGCCCCCCGGGGCCGACAGCCGAGCCGCUCUUCAAGGACGUGAAGUUCUUCGCGGUGGGGGACAUUGAUCCCGAGGUGAUUCAGCUGCUGAAGGUUGGAAAAGCAAAAGAGGUUUCCUAUAAUGCUUUGGCAACACACAUCAUUGCAGAGGAUGGUGACAACCCUGAAGUUGGGGAAGCACGGGAAGUGUUUGAUCUGCCAGUGGUUAAGCCUUCCUGGGUAUUUUUGUCAGUUCAGUGUGGCCAGCUCCUUCCAGUAAAUGGUUUCUCACCAGAAGGAGGACAGAUAUUUUCAGGGAUUACAGCUUGCCUUUCACGGGUGUCUGCGGAAGAUCGCAACAUAUUGUGGGCCUUGAUUACCUUCCAUGGAGGAGACUGUCAGCUGAAUCUUAACAAGGCUUGCACCCAUUUGGUAGUACCAGAACCUCAGGGGGAAAAAUAUAAUUGUGCUCUGAAGCAGAGCAGCAUCAGAAUUGUAACGCCAGACUGGGUGGAGGACUGUGUUGCAGAAAAAUCCCGGAAGGAUGAGUCCACCUAUCACCCACGCCUUAUUAUUCAAGAGGAGGAGGAUGAGGAGGAAGAAGAGGAGGAGGAGAUGGAAGAAGCAGUUGCAAAUGAGGAAGAUGCUGAGCUGGAGGACAGUGGGGAUGACAAACGCUCAGCCAAGAGCAGUCCUGUGUCGUCACGGGGAGGCUCACCGCUGAGUAUGUCGGGCUUCUCGCCGAAGAGGGACAACAAGCCUGAGAAAUCAACAGGUGAAAUAAUGUUUGAUGACUCCUCUGACUCUUCCCCUGAGAAGCAAGAGAGGAACUUGAACUGGACACCAGCGGAGAUCCCACCGUCUGCCACUGCCAAGCGCCGGCUCAUUCAUGGGAAGGACUCUGCUCUGAUUAACUUGUGCGCCAAUGUCCCGCCGGUCCCUGGCUCUGUCUCUGUCCCUGAAGCCAGAAACAGCGUGAUUAGUCCUGGGCAAGUACCGCAGGGUCCUGAGAGGCCAGAAAUGGUUGCGACUUGGAGCCCUGCAGUCAGGACACUAAGAAACAUUACUAACAAUGCUGAUAUUCAGCAGAUCUCCAGACCGUCAAAUGUUGCACAAAUCUUGCAAUCCCUUUCAGCCCCAACCAAAAAUUUGGAAACUAAUCAGAACCAGCAAGCCCCCGACGUUCGGCAUCCCAACGCCGUUCUUUUCUCGCAGGUCAAGCAGUUAACCCCCGAAGCGCAGCAGUUGCUGCAGCAACAGUCGCAGCAGCAGCAGCAGCAGCAGCAGCACCAGUUGCUCCAGCUCCAGCAGCAGCAUCUAAUGCAGCUGCAACAGCAGCAGCAGCAGAAACCUCACCCGCAGCUUCACCAGCACCCAUUCCAGCAGCAGCAGCAUGCCUUCUCACAGCAGCAACUGCAGCAUCAGCUGCAACAGCAAAUGCAGCAGCAACAGAUCCAACGGCUGCAGCAGCAGCACCUCCAGCAGCAGCACCACCUGCAGCAGAUGCAACAGCAACAACAGCAGCACCUUCAAUAUCACCACCACCAGCAACAACAGCAGCAUCCUGUUCUUCAGCAACAGUUGCAAAUCUUUGGACAUGAUCCCGGGUUGGAAAUUCCAGAGGAGUCAUUUCUACUGGGAUGUGUUUUCGCAAUUGCUGACUACCCCGAGCAGAUGUCUGAUAAACAACUGCUGGCAACUUGGAAAAAGAUUAUCCAGGUGCAUGGUGGAAUUGUAGAUCCCACUCUGACGAGUCGAUGCACUCACCUUUUGUGCGAAAGUCAGGUCAGCAAUAUGUACGCCCAGGCCUUGCGAGAGGGAAAGCGCUGCGUCACUGCUCAUUGGCUGAACACAGUCUUAAAGAAGAAGAAGAUGGUUCCACCUCACAGAGCACUUCAUUUUCCUGUAGCUUUCCCGCCAGGUGGAAAACCCUGCUCUCAACAUAUGAUAUCUGUCACUGGAUUUAUGCACAGCGACCGAGAUGAUUUAAAGCUAAUGGGCUAUUUAGCAGGAGCCAAGUACACGGGCUACCUCUGCCGAAGCAAUACUGUCCUCAUCUGCAAAGAACCCUGCGGGCUGAAAUACGAGAAGGCUAAAGAGUGGAGAAUACCGUGUGUGAACGCGUUGUGGCUUUGUGACAUUCUUCUUGGGAACUUCGAUGCACUGCGGCAGAUACAGCACAGUCGCUACACGGUGUUCGGACUGCAGGAUCCUCUUGCUCCUAAUUCUCAACUGGUCGCAAAUCUUUUAGCUGCUUGGCGGGUGCCCUUGAAAAUAUCACCAGAGCUUUUGAUGAGUGCACGUAUCCAAUCUAAACAGAAGCAGAAUGAAUGUAACAUUCCACCCCCUGUGAAAAGAGCAAGGAUUGAGGAUUUGCCUCCCCCGUCAAAGAAACUUCCUCCAGAAUCCACACCAGUGGUGCUGUUUACAGGAUUCGAACCUGCGCAGGUUCAGCUGUACAUCAAGAAACUCUAUGUUCUUGGUGGUGAGGUUGCAGAAUCUGCUCAGAAGUGCACUCAUCUGGUGGCCAGUAAGGUGACUCGUACGGUGAAAUUCCUGACUGCCAUCUCUACUGUCAACCACAUAGUUACACCUGAGUGGCUGGAGGAGAGUUUUAAAAGUCAGAAAUUCAUAGAUGAGCAGAACUUUGUACUGAGAGACGCUGAAGCUGAAGUCCUCUUCUGUUUCAGCUUAGAGGAGUCACUUAAAAGGGCACAAGGUGCCCCCUUAUUCAAGGGAAAGUACUUCUACAUCACGCCAGGAAUUUGCCCCAGUCUAGCAACAAUGAAAGCCAUCAUAGAAUGUGCAGGUGGAAAGCUGUUAACCAAGCAACCAUCUUAUCGCAAGAUCAUGGAGCAUAAACAGAAUAAGAGUUUGUCUGAGAUAAUCCUGAUCUCAUGCGAAAAUGAUCUCCACUUGUGUCGAGAAUAUUUUGCCCGAAACCUAGAUGUUCACAAUGCAGAAUUCAUUUUAACGGGUGUCCUGACACAGACUUUGGACUACGAAUCAUAUAAAUUCACCUGAAGAAAUGGUGCGUGUGUGAUGUCGCAGUCAGAGUACCAGUACGGUGUUGAAAGGAACUACUGAGGAGCUGAAACUUGUGGGUGUCCUUUCCUACAAACAGUGACACUGCUUUUCACCCUGAAAAGUCUUCAGUGAAAAUGACGGAUUCAGGCGGGAAAGGAAUAAGAAAAUUGCAUCUUUUUACGAUGUGUGUUACUUCAAGAACAUAUUUUGUUAUGUUUUAUCCCUGUGCUGGCAUGUUUUUCUCACUGUAGAUUAUUUUAGCCAGUUCAGAUAGCAAUCAAUUAUUUUUAAUAAGCUGUUUUUAACUAUGAUAUUGACAGUGGGAUGACCCCGUUUAUGGAAAUUUAGAUCUAACUCUUGUUUAUUAUGAAGAUAUAUAAAAAGGGCUGUUGGGCGAUUAAAUUAUGGAUCUUUUGAAAUUCUGGAUUUUAUGCAGAUUUUGUUGUUUUGUAUUUCUAAUUUGUGAAAUUUACUACACAAAAUUGCACGAGUUGAAUAAAAAUGGCUUUA